CAGAAAAAUGAAACGAUCUCCAAAACAGAAUCCUUUCGUGUUGUUCACACAAUUCAAUUGACAAGCAAUUUGAAAAACAAUCACUAAUCAACCAACCAACCAAAACUAACUACCAAAAUGAAGAUCUCUGCCGCCCUUUUCCUCUCCGCUGUUGCCAGUGCUUCUGCUUUUGUGGCCCCUGCUGCAGUCAAGCACAACACCAUGGCCCUUCGCAUGUCCGCCGAGGAGCCAACAUCCGCAGAACCAGAACAACCGGUUGUUGCCAUGGAAAUGACUUCUACCGAGGAACCCACUGUGGAUGACUUUGUGCCCAAGGCUGUCGAAGCUGACAUGAGCAUGUCCAUGCCAUUCAUGGCUCGUCCCAUGGCUCUGGAUGGAUCCAUGGCCGGUGAUGUCGGUUUCGACCCGCUCGGAUUUGCCAAAUCGGAACAAGAUCUCAUGAAUUACCGUGAGGCCGAAAUCAAGCACUCUCGUUUGGCCAUGUUGGCCGCCGCCGGAUGGCCUUUGUCCGAAGUCUUUGACAAGAAGAUUGCCGGUGCCUUUGGACUCACACCCGUGCUGGAUGCUUCCGAUCGUGCCCCAUCUGUCCUCAAUGGAGGUCUUGACAAGAUCUCUCCUGCCUACUGGAUCGGAUGCAUCUUGUUGGCCGGUGCCAUUGAUGUCUACGGCAUUAGCCAAAAGGGCAAGGAGGGAUACUUCCCUGGAAACCUUGGAUUCGAUCCUUUGGGUCUUUACCCCCAGGAUGAAGCCGGACAGCUGCGCAUGCAGACCACCGAGAUUAAGAAUGGACGCCUCGCCAUGAUUGCCAUCACUGCCUUUGCCGUCCAAGAAGCCGUCUCUAAGCUUGGUGUCAUCGACGAGACUCCACUCUUCUUCAAGCCCAUCACUACCGUUGUCUCCGAGUACACCAACUCUGGAUACAUUGUCCACUAAGAGCGAGCUGAGGGUUCCUCUGAACACAGACACACUGAAGUGUACAUAGAUUGAAAAACAAUGGUUCCUGGAGGGUUGUUUCUGGAUCUUGUACAUACUACUGGCAGGACAACCCCAUUGCAAAUAGAUUGGAACUAACUUAAACUAUAGUACGAACGAGAUUGAAUUU